AUAAUUAGUUUUGAUGUCUUUUUAUUGUUAUGAGAAUUACUAUUUAUGUAUCGAUCUUUUCCCUUUAUCUGAGUUUCCAUAGUAAAUAUUUUAAUGAUUAUAAUCAUAACUGUGUCUCUAUGAGUAUAGAGAAUAAAUUUAGAGAGAGAAAAAGGAAAAAGUGUAAAAACUCCUCCCAAUUUGGUAACUUUCAUCUUGAUGAGCCCAAAAUUUUCCGUCUUCAGAAAUUAGUUACCAAAAGAGAAAAAGAGAAAGAGAGAAAGAGAGAGAAAAGUAAGAGAAAGUGUAAUUCUCUUUUUCCCGUUUUUUGUUGAUUGUGAUUUAGAAAUUAACUUGUGCCCUUCGUUUUCAAAUUUUCUUCAACUGAUGUGAUGUUAACUUUUCUUUUUGUCCCAAUUUUCCUUGGGGUUUAUUACCUUGAAGGCGUAACAUCAGUGCCACCAACAAACAUGGACGGUGAUUCUAGUCAAUGGCAUGAACCAAUCUAUGGUUUUCUACCGAUUGGUGCUUAUUCUCACUCUGAUCGUCGAUGUAAACAAGCCCUGGAAAACAAAAGACCAACUGAAACUGUUUCAGUUGACACUAAAAAUGGACGAUAUGUGGGCAAGAUAUCAUAUCUUUGUGACUCACCUGGAUUACAGGUAUGGUUAAGACCUGGGUCACCUUCUAAUAGAGGACUCGAUUGGAAACAUGAAGUUGCCAUUUUCUUAGGUAUUCCUUAUGCUCGUCCGCCUUUAACGGAACAUGGAUUACGCUUUAAACCACCACAACCACCUGUUCAUUCGGGUGCUUGGCCUGCAGAUCAGUUUCGUUCAUCUUGUCCACAGCCAAGUCAAUAUACGGGAGCUGAUAAAAUGAUUUAUUCAGUUAAUGAAGAUUGUCUUUACCUGAAUAUUUAUACACCGAAAGCUUCAGAGAACAAGGAAAAACCUAGUCCAGUGAUGAUCUACAUUCAUGAUGGUGAUUUUAUUCAUGGGUCAGGAAAUCGUUUUCCCGGUCAUAUGCUUGCAGCUUCUCAAGACGUUGUUGUUGUCACUUUUAAUUAUCGCUUAGGAAUCUUGGGAUUUUUUUCCACUGCUGAUGAUUCAGCACCAGGUAAUUACGGAAUCUUGGACCAGAUUCAACUUAUUCAUUGGGUGCGUGAGAAUAUCCGUAAGUUUGGCGGUGAUCCUGAAUUAAUUACUCUUUUUGGCCCCGGUGCGGGUGCUGCAAGUGCUGGUAUAUUGGCUAUUUCACCUCUAAGUCGUAAAUAUAUCAAGCGAGUUAUUGCUCAGAGCGGUUCCGCUGUGGCCCCAUGGGCAAUUAUCAAUGAACCGAUCAUGAUAAGAAACAUGUCGAUCGUUGUAGGAGCCGCUUAUGGUUGUAGUACUCCUUUAACACGUAACCUUGUUGAAUGUUUAAAAAGUCGAAGUUCAUCAGAUAUUCCGAUCGCUGCCGUGGCCAAUCAAGUCGGCUGGUUACCUUUUGCCCCUGUUCCCGAUUCAACAACUCGACCUAUUGGAAGUGAGGUAAUACCUGAUACGCCUGAAGCGAUACUUCAAAAAGGAUUUCCUGUUGAUGAUAUUCAUUUAGAUGGUUACCUGACUGGAGUAACUAGAGACGAAGGAUCAUCUAUGGUCUAUGGAGAUGAAGAGAUAAAACUCAAUGAUUAUCAAGUUACACUUGAUAAUUUGGAAGAGAAAAUUCAAAAAUAUAUAAAAGUUUAUAAUGCAACGUUGAAUCCCGAAGCUUUUAAAUCUGCUCUUCGCUUCAUGUACAGUCCACCGAUUGAUCCGACCAAUGGAACACAAAUCAGACAAGGGUUGAUAGAUAUGUACACUGAUUCUUGGUACGUUGGUGGAGUUGAUAAGAUGGUUAAAUUAAUGCUAAAGAAUCAAAUCAAAACAUAUAUGUAUGUUUUAAAUUAUACAAUUGAAGGUUUAACUAUACCAAAGUGGAUGGGUGUCCCUCACGAUUCAGAGUAUUUUUUGAUCUCUGGAGCUCCUUUCAUGGAUGAUCGAUUUUACCCCAAAAUGUAUAAUCUAGAACAAGCAAAGUGGAAAGAAGAAGAUCGUAAUAUGAGCGUUUUUUUCAUGAAGGCCUGGGCUGAUUUCGCUCGUCACGGUGAUCCCACUCCGGUUGCUUUAUUCAAUAAUAUCCUUUGGAAACCAAUGAAUCCCUCUACACUUCAAUACUUAUCAAUAAACACAACCAAUUAUACCAGUGUAAUGCAUCGUGAUUAUAAACAAAGAGAAGCCAAAUUUUGGAAUUAUUAUAUGCCCGAACUAGUGGGUCAACCGAAACCAAUUUGGCCUCCACCCUAUCAGCCCUUGGAGGGUGAAUUAAGGAUGUACAGGGCUUCUCUCUGGGCCAUUGUUGCCAUUCUAGUGAUCCUCACAUUCAUUUCAGCUUUGUGUUCAUGCCUUUACUGUAAAGCCAAAAGAGAUCGAGUUGGCAAUGCUGCUCUCGAUUAUAAUUUUCCCGAUAUUACUGCCAUUGGAACACAAUAUAGUUCUCCAUCAACUCGAGCCAAUUCUGAAAUUUCUUUAUCCAAUCGCACUAGAGCAGAUUAUGCACAGACACAUAAACUUAUGCCCACAAGUCCGAAAGACAAAUAUAAGCCAAUCGAUAAACCCUUUCGUCCCAAACCUCAUAGGGAUACACAGACAAGGGUUUGAAUUGUCAAUAAUCAUAAGCAUUUAAACUGCCCACCCUGUCCAAUGGAUUCAAUCCUGACUCAACUUUACGCUUGCUGGUCAUCAAUUUUGUAUAUUUUUUUAUUUUGUUUUAAUUAUCGUUUACCUGAUCUAUAAACUUACUUGGUUCAAAUUAAUCAUGCCGAAGGUAUUCAAACUCUUCAUUUACAAAUCAUAUUUAAAUGUGUUUAAAUUAUCACACGACAGCACCCAAAGCAUUUUCAUCAUCACCCAUCGAUCAAUUUAAAUGUGCCUUUUAUUUUAUCAAUUUUUUGUUUACUUUCAAAUUGGAUAAUACAAGAAAUAAGAAUAAUUCAAAAAUCUAUUAAAUUAACAAUUGUUCUUCAAGAUUAAUAA